ACUGUUUUGGCUGACUUUGUGGUACACUUCUGUCAGUGAGAGAGUGAGGGAGAGAGAGAGUGAGGGAAGGGGAGGGAGCAGAGUUUCUUGUGGGAGGAGAAGGAGGAGGGAGUGAACAGGGGGAAGGAGAAGCCUUCUCAGUUUCUGUGAGUCCUGCUUGCUGUAGGCAACAGAAUGAGCGCAGUUGCUUUCCUCUCAGUCUGAGAGGCAACUGCUGUUUUUUUCUUUUUCUUUUCUUUUUUUUUUUUAGUUUUCCCUUCCUUUCCUGUGCCUGACAUCAAGAGGAGACGCUGCAGAUUUGUUUCCCUUUCCUCACAGUACUUUUUUGGACCUCUCUCCCACUCCUGUGUUAUUAUUUUUGUGCCUGGGAAGUACCAUGCCGGUGGUUGGCGUAGCCUCCAAGCUCAGGCAACCCUCCACAGUGGGCACGAAACCGGUGCACACGGCUCUGCCCAUCCCCAGCGCGGUCAGGGCAGCCACCUCGCAGGGCUACAUGGCCCGGCAGCAGGAGCUCAGGGCAGGUGAGGGUGCCCCGGGGCUCUCCUGCCAGCUGUCAAUCAAGUCUGAGUACCAGCAGGAGAGGACGCCUGAGGGGAAGUCCAGAGCUGAGACGGAGGAGAGUAAGAUCUGCAAGAUUUACACAGACUGGGCCAAUCACUACCUGGCAAAGUCUGGCUGUCCGCGCCUCAUCAAGGACCUGAGCCAGGACGUCACUGAUGGAGUCCUGCUGGCACAGAUCAUCCAGAUCAUAGCAAAUGAGAAGGUGGAGGAUAUCAAUGGCAGCCCCAGGAGCCAGUCACAAAUGAUCGAAAAUGUGGACGCCUGCCUCAGUUUCCUGGACGCCAGAGGAGUGAAUGUACAAGGGCUCUCAGCAGAAGAGAUCAGGAAUGGCAACCUAAAGAGCAUCCUGGGCCUCUUCUUCAUCCUGUCACGCUACAAGCAGCAGCAGCAACAGCAGCAGCAGUACUACCAGUCCCUGGUAGAGCUCAGCCAGCAGACCAGCAGCACCGCACCGUCCGCCAGCAGCCACAAGACACAAGAGAUGCAGUCCAGUCUCACAGCACGAUAUGCAAGUCCUCCAGGCCACAGUGGAAUAGGGUCACCACAGAAGAAAAACACAAGGUUACCGGGGCCCUCCAGGGUACCUGCUGCAGGCAGCGGGGCCUCCAGGAGCCCAGGCUCAUCCAACCUCAAUCGUCGCAGCCAGAGCUUCAAUAGCAUCGACAAGAGCAAGCCUCUUCAGUAUGCCAGUGGCAACGACAGAGAAACAGUGAGGGGCAUCCCAGUACCCGGUGGUAUGAAUGGGAGCGGUAUUGGUGGGACAGUUCCCACCAGCCUCAGUGGGCAGCAGCUGGCCUCUGCCAUUCCCUCACCUACCGCCGGCAAGUCCUGGCGCAGCAAGUCCAUGAACCUCAAGCACAGCGCCACUUCGUCUAUGCUGGCGAGCCCAACGCACUCACCCUCCACUACCCCCUCACCCCAGGCCCCGGACGGACUUCAACCACAUGGAGGCGAUGGAUCAAAGGCAGGGUCAGCUGUUGGUGGUGGACCCCAGAGGUCCAUGCUGGAGAAGUUCCGCCUGAUUAAUCCAAGAUCAGCUUCGCGAGCAUCUCCGUCUGUGGCAGAGAUGGCUCUGCAGGAGGAGGAUGACCUGUCGGAGUACGGUGAGGAUGGACUGACACCCACAGGGUCAGUGUGCAGCAGUGCCAGUAGCAGUGCUACGGCCAAGCAAAUGCCAACCAAGAGCGCCGCAUCGUCUCUCACUGCACCUAGCAAGACCUCCUCUCCGUCCCCCUCCUCAUUUUCAAAAGCUUCUGCCAAUGGCAGUAGGUCCAUGGCCCAGUCCAAAGACAAGGAGGACAAAAGCAAGUCUGGGAAAUCGUCUAAGGAUAGCUCUCCACCCAAAGAGGAGCGUGAGUCCUUCGCAGACUCCACCAAGAAGACCUCCAAAAUUGCCAGCCUCAUCCCCAAGGGAGGAAAGCCAUCAUCGGGGAAGAAAGAUGGUGGCGCUUCCAGUGGCAUCCCGAAGCCAGGACUUAAAGCUCCCUCAACAACAACAGCAAAGCCUCAGAGUCAAUCCCAGACGCAAAGUCAGGCCGCCUUAAACAGCAGCGGCAACAUGCGGGGAGGAGAGGGAGAGAGAGGCAAGCUGACGAAAGGUGGGCAGGGUGGGAGUUUCUACAUACAGCGUUCCAUCGCGGGCCCAGAGGGAAAGCGGACCAGCAUGACCUCCUCCACCAGCACCUCAGCCCUGUCCGGGUCCAGUGGGAUGCUGGGAGGAGGAGGAGGAGGAGGAGGAGGAGGAGGUGGAGGUGGAGGUGGAGGUGGCGGAGCGCUGGGAGGAAACGGAGUAGUUCAGCUUCCUCAGCAGCAGCAGCACAACCAUCCCAAUACUGCCACUGUGGCCCCCUUCAUGUACAGGACAUUCUCAGAAAAUGACUGCACCAUGGUGGCCCCUGCCGACCCCUGCCUCAGCCCCACCAAGGGAGAGCUGGUUUACAGCAAGACAGCCAAACAGUGCCUGGAGGAGAUAUCAGGUACAUCAGGAGAGGACCCUGAGACAAGACGCAUGAGGACAGUGAAGAACAUUGCUGACCUACGGCAGAACCUGGAAGAAACCAUGUCCAGUCUACGGGGGACACAGAUCAGCCACAGUACACUAGAAACAACUUUCGACACCACGGUAACCACCGAAGUCAAUGGGCGGAGUCUCCCAGCCCUCACCGCACGCUCCUCCCCCAUGGCCUGGCGACUGGGCCCAACACAAACUCCACGUCUCCAAGCAGGCGACGCCCCCUCAAUGCCCAGCAGCUACGCUGCGCCCAGGCCCAGCACGACAAGCGCCGGCACCACCACGGGGCGAUACAGCGGGCACUCGGACCCCACCAGGUUUGUGUACAGUGCCCCCCUGAGGCGAGCAGCAGCGGCAGGGGCGAGAGGGGCGGAGCAGGGGGAGAAGGGAGGAGGAGGGCUGGAAGGAGGGAAGCAGAUGGAGGUGGCAGGGUACAUGAGUGAUGGGGACAUCCUAGGAAAGAACGGCCGGAUGGAUGAGAUCACCAGCGGAUACCUUACAGACGGUGGCCUCCAUCUGUAUGCACGGAACACAGGCCGAGCCUCAGACGUGGCGUCUUCACGAGAAAUAUCCCAGAGAGGGAGCAAAGAGAUGCAGGGCGACAUAGACAGUUGGGACGACAGCAGCUCAGUGAGCAGCGGCCUGAGUGACACGUUGGACAACAUCAGUACAGAUGAUCUGAACACACCCGCCUACUCAGCUGUCAGCUCAUCACGCAAAAGCAAGGGAGCACAGUCCCAGAGAGGAAGCAGGUCCAAGCAUGCAGAGCAGGAGGUGAGCAGCAGCUGGGCUGGAGCCGAGGACCUUAAGAAAGUAGAGGAGGAGCUGGACGCAAGCAUGGACCCCAGUAGCGGCUCCUCCCGCUGGAAGCCGUCCUCAUCCACCACUUCCUCCCAAGCCCAGGGCCAGUACGAGGAUGCCAGCCAGAAGGCCGCUGCGCUGGCCCAGAUGUCCCAGACGGGCUCGUGGAGAAGGGGCAUGACAGCCCAGGUGGGCAUCACACCACCCAGGACCAAGGGUACCUCUGCCACCCUCAAAACACCAGGCAAAACUGAUGAUGCUAAGGCCUCAGAGAAGGGCAAGGCACCUUCCAAGAGCUCAGCUGGCAUCCAGCGCUCACCCUCUGAUGCUGGGAAGAGCAGUGGAGACGAAGGCAAGAAACCUCCCUCUGGCAUUGCACGCCCACCCACCACAGGCUCGUUUGGAUACAAGAAGAUCCCAGGUCCCACUGGCACCCUAAUCACCUCUAGUGGUGCAACGCUCGCCAGCGGCUCAGCCACCCUGGGCAAGGCGCCCAAAUCCUCAGCUGCCCUCGGCAAAGGCACUGGUAUCGGCGGUGUGCGGAAGACCAGCCUGGAUGGCUCACAGCCCCAGGAUGACGGCAUUCUGCUCAGCUGCGGAGGCUCCAAAGUGACCCUGCAGUACCGCUCUCUACCCAGACCGGCCAAAUCCUCCAGUGGGGUGGCAGCAGGGCGCAGCGGGCAUCGCUCCAGCUCCAGCAGCAUCGACUCAAAUGUCAGUGGCAAGUCGGCUGGUGGGGCAGUGACACAAACGGGCGCCAAGCGCAGGGACGGAAAAGUGGGUUCAGAUCGCUCCAGUCCCAUCACAAUAAACCAGACAGACAAGGAGAAAGUGGCAGUAUCAGACCAAGACCCAGCAGCAGGAUUAUCCACAUCCCCCAAGUCCAGCCCCACUUCCACUUCAACAAGCCAGUCAGGCCUCAGGCAGCCAGGCUCCAAGUACCCUGAUAUUGCCUCUCCUACCUUCCGCAGAUUGUUUGGCACCAAAGCCAGCAGCAAGGCCAGCUCUCCGGGCACGCCCGACUCUGGCAAGUGCCCCUCAAUACUGGGCAGCCCCCACGGCACGCUGGCAAGGCAGGCCAGUCUGGACUCGCCCUCCUCUGGCACAGGGAGCCUGGGCAGCGCUGGCGGCCUGAGUGGUGGCAGCAGCCCACUGUACGGUAAAACCCCAGACUUGUGCACUGACUCCCCGGCCUCCAGCCCGGCCUCUGGCCUCUCCCUGCCCUCCAACGCUCGGCCCUGGCCUGCCUGUAGCUCGUCAGCUGGCAGCAAGGACACACUGAGCUGCCAAAGCAUGACCAGUCUGCACACCAGCUCUGAGUCCAUUGAUCUGCCCCUGGGCCACCACGGGCCAAAGGUUACACGAACCGGCAGUGUCAAGUCCACCCUGUCUGAGGGCAUGCCUCUUGACAGAAACACGCUUCCCAAAAAGGGACUGAGGUACCCUCCAUCCUCCCGGCAGACAUCCCAUGAGGAAGGGAAGGAGUGGUUGAGGUCCCAUUCAACAGGAGGUCUUCAGGACACAGGUAGCCAGUCCCCGCUGUCUCCUCCAGGAGCCUCCUGCACCACCACUGGAAAAUACCACUACUCCAACCUGCUGAGCCCCACUAACAUUAGCCAGUAUAACCUGCCACCAGGCAGCAGCAGCAUGAGCCGCUCCAACAGCAUCCCUGCCCAGGACUCCUUUGACCUGUAUGGAGAGGGUCACCCACUGGGUGGCAGCGCAACCUCCUUGGAGGAACGACCACGGGCCAUCAGCCGCUCUGGCUCCUUCAGGGACAGCACCGAUGAAGUCCAUGGCUCUUCAUUGUCUCUGGUCUCUAGCACGUCUUCACUGUAUUCUGCGACAGAGGAGAAGGCACACUCAGAGGGCCAAACAGUCCAAAAUUCCACGCAAAUCAGAAAGCUGCGUCGGGAGCUGGACGCCUCUCAGGAGAAGGUGGCGACCCUGACGUCUCAGCUGGCUGCCAAUGCUCACCUGGUGGCAGCCUUUGAAAAGAGCCUGAGUAACAUGACCUGCCGCCUGCAGAGCCUCACCAUGACCGCUGAACAAAAGGAGUCUGAGUUGGCUGAGUUGCGGGAGACAAUAGAGAUGCUGAAGACCCAGAACACAGAUGCCCAGACGGCCAUCCAGGUGGCUCUCAAUGGCCCGGACCACCUCCACAAAGACCUGCGGAUCAGACGGCAGCACUCAUCUGAAAGUAUGUCCAGUAUCAACAGCGCAGCCAGUCACUCCAGCAUGGGCAGCCUGGGCAAGGAUGCCGAAGACAAAAAGAAGAAGAAGAAGAGCUGGGUGGCUGAUUCCAUCCCGGCUCAGUUACGCAGCUCCUUCAAGCAGGCGUUCAGCAAGAAGAAAACCAAAUCCCAGUCGGCCCAUGAUGAGAUGGAAGAGAUGACCGACUCUCUACCGUCCUCACCCAAACUGCAGCAUGACAACAGGCAAGGCAGUGUUGCCACGCUGCGCUCUUCGCCCUCCACCACAGAGCUGUGCGAAUGCACCGAGGCCGAGGCAGAAAUCAUCCUCCAGCUGAAGAACGAGUUAAGAGAGAAAGAGCUCAAGUUGACAGACAUUCGCCUGGAGGCGCUCAGCUCCGCUCACCACCUUGACCAGAUCCGAGAAGCCAUGAACCGCAUGCAGAAUGAGAUCGAGAUGCUGAAAGCAGAGAAUGAUCGUCUGAAGUCCAGUGGUAAUGCGACGCCGACAGCCACGCCCGUCAAGACGGCCCGGCCACCAUCCGAGACCUCCAGCACCUCCUCGUCCUCCUCACGUCAGUCCUUGGGGCUGUCGCUCAAUAACCUCAACAUCACUGACACCAUCAUGUCAGAUAUUCUACUAGAUGACAGCUAUGAGGGCAAUCUACGCAAAGAAGGCCGGAGUGUGCGGAUAGUGGUCACCAUCAGCAGCGGGCCAAAUACCACUAAGGGUACACACAGCCAGGAGUAUCUGAUUGGGUCAAUAGGUGUGAGUGGAAAAACCAAGUGGGACGUCCUGGACGGGGUCAUCCGACGCCUCUUCAAGGAGUAUGUGUUUCGGGUGGACCCUCUGACCAGCCUGGGUCUCAACUCAGACAGCAUUGUCUGCUACAGGAUGGGCGAGGUGGUACGUGCCCACGCCUCCGAAGUGCCUGAGCUGCUGCCCUGCGGCUACCUGGUGGGCGACAGUAACGUCAUCAAGAUCAACCUCAAAGGAGUGAAGGAGAACAGCAUAGACAGUCUGGUGUUUGACACACUCAUCCCCAAGCCCAUCAUCCAGCGGUACCUCAACCUGUUGAUGGAGCACCGUCGUAUCAUCCUCUCAGGGCCCAGUGGCACCGGCAAAUCCUUCUUGGCUGCCAAGCUGGCCGAGUACAUCAUUUCUCAGAUGGGACAGGAGGUGACUGAGCACAACGUGGCCAGCUUCAACGUGGACCAGAACUCCAGCAAGGAUCUGCGUCAGUACCUGUCCAACCUGGCAGAACAGUGUAACUCUGAGGAGACGGACACAGAGCUCCCCACUGUGGUCAUCCUGGACAACCUCCACCAUAUCGGCUCUCUCAGUGACAUAUUCAACGGUUUCCUCAACUGCAAGUACCAUAAAUGCCCGUAUGUUAUUGGGACCAUGAAUCAGGGAGUUUCCUCCUCUCCUAACCUUGAGCUACACCACAACUUCAGGUGGGUGCUGUGCACCAACCACACUGAACCCGUCAAAGGAUUCCUAGGCCGUUUCUUACGGCGGAAGCUGAUAGAGACGGAGAUCGAUAAGAACACACGCAGCAAUGACCUGAUCAAGAUCAUCGACUGGAUCCCCAAGACCUGGCAGCAUCUCAACGGCUUCCUGGAGGCGCACAGCUCCUCUGAUGUCACCAUAGGCCCCCGUCUCUUCCUGUCCUGUCCCAUGGAUGUAGAAGGCUCUCGGGUUUGGUUCACUGACCUGUGGAACUACUCUCUGGUGCCCUACCUGCUGGAAGCCGUCAGGGAAGGCCUUCAGCUGUACGGCAAAAGAGCAGCAUGGGAGGAUCCAUCCAAGUGGGUGAAUGACACGUAUCCAUGGAACGCCGCCUCACUGCAGCAGGAUGGCCAGUCGCUGCUCCAACUGAGGCCAGAGGAUGUAGGAUACGACGGCUACAGCUCAUCCAAGGAGGGAGCCUCGUCCAAGCAAGUGUCUCAGAGUGACACUGAGGGAGACCCACUGAUGAAUAUGCUGCUACGGCUGCAGGAGGCAGCUAACUACUCCAGCACACAGAGCUGCGACAGCGACAGCACCAGUCACCAUGACGACCAGCUGGACUCCUCCUUGGAGUCGGCGCUAUGAGAGCGAGAGCUGCGCUGGGAGAAACCGGACCCCUUAGACCCCUGGAACCUGGGAACACAUUUGAACCUCCAUCACUACCAGACACCACCCCUAUAGCACACAGAUGUAUGAUAUAUGAAAAGUUUUAUUAUCCAAAAUGGUAUACCCACCAUUUGAAAGCAAACACCUAUUUUUACAUAGUGAUGGUGCAAUAUUAAAUCAAAUUAUUCUAUGUUUUAAAGAGUUGUUGCCAACUUGAUCAGAAUGAUAUACAAUCAUACAGGUUGGAUCAUUUCUAUUUUGCUGACAUCAAAUAGUGAAGCUAGUUAGUCAUUUUAAUGGAUGUAUAACAUUUUAAGAAUACAACUUUUCAUAUAUGUGUAGGCAGGAUGUGUCUGAUGAGGAAAUGUAGUUCCUCUGAAGUUGACUUCCAAGGAGUAAAUCACAGUUUGUGCUCAGCCAUGAUGAGCUACAGUUUACUCCAUUCGUUUAACUUUGGGUGUCAAUCUCCAGAGUGUCAGAAAAAAAACAAAAGAAAGCCAAGAGUUUGACGUGACAAAACUGGAUUUUUGUUUUUUUAAAACCCAGUUAUAUCUUCAGAUGUUUACAAUGGGGGGGCAUGUUCUGUUGUUUAUGUCUUUCCUUGUUUACAGAGGUGCUUCUCACAGACACACAUACACUCAUAUAAAUGCACUUACACACAGGCAGCAAGAGGAGACUUUCCUUUAGUCAGAGGCUUAAAUGGGUUCAAGCCCUUAUUAGACCAACAAUCUAGCCUGCCAAAGUGUCCUUGAGCAAGGCACUGUAUCUCUACCACCUCUGGGGUACCUGAUGUCCAACCCCACAUACUGAGGAGGGUAAGUAGGGGGAGUGUUUGUAAGUGAUGUAAUGCCCUCUGGUGGCUGUAUUGGAGGUUCUUAGCCCAUAAAAACAGUGGCCAUAAAAUUCUGAUUGUUGACCCUCACAUACAAAUUGGGUUCAUUGCAGAUGCAUCAGAUUGAUUUUGUUUUUCAGUAAUGUUAGUUUAAGUCAAAAACCAGCUGUUUGUUGUGUUUAGCUGAAAUGGCUCCUCACACGUUACUGUUUUGGAGUAGGGUUUAGGGCUAAAGGACACUUUUUUGGUCUAGUUGUUUACCACUAUAUCACCUUUUUUAAGUGUCUUUACUUUUCUAAACAUAAAUUGUGUACAGCACCUCCAUGAUGGCACCAGAUGUGGUUGAUGCAAGACUUUUGCAAAACCUCCACAGCCCAACUAGGACCACAAGACUAACAUUAUGAUAAAACACACACACACAUACACACAUCCCUCCUGCCCUCAGCUCAGUCGUCAGUUGAGCCUCGUGGUGCUGGUCCCCUGUCCUGACCCUCGUCAGUGUCAGGCACUGCCAAGCCGCUCCUUGCUGCCCUGCAUGCCAACAAGCACAACGAAAACGCAUUGUCUGUGUAUCAUCCAGCCACAUUGCUACUGUGAAGAAAAAAUGGACGAAGUGCCAAUGUUUUCCCUUUCAUUUACUGCCAAAUGUGCACACACACACACAACCAUACACACACACAGACUUCCCAUCACAAUGCAAAGCUGACCAUGGUUGUAGACUUAGAUUAAGUUGUUCUUGGCUUUCCUCACUCUGACGCAUGUUGUCACUUGUUAGCUUUAAAUGCACCAUGAGAAUAGCAGGCAGCGCCCUCUUUGGGUCAUCACAGAACUCUAUCACUGGAUCAUUCGCUAAACUCCUCCCCCGAACAAUGAUUGUCCAAUCAUGUCUGUCAAGCUUUAGAUUUCUCCACCUGUCUAAGCAUUGUAUAUGGAGCUGCUGUUACUCAGUAUUGAAAAAGUAGGGUGGUGUCUUUUUUAAAGCCUUUUCAAAACCAAAACACAAGAGCAAAAGUUAGAUUAAACAGUGUGUUUCUCUGUUUUGAUGUUAGCUGUAAAAAUUAGCAUGUUUGGCUAACUAGCUUAAUUCUUAGGACACACAGCUUUAGCCUCAGUCUAUUAGCACGAUACAAUGUAUGUAGCUGUAAAGUGUGUAUUUAAGACCAAUUUUGCAAGAUUAUCAUUUAAAAUGAAUUAGAAAAAUUCAGCCAGUUGUAGAGCUAACAUUAGCUUAAUUAGCUAGAGUUGAGAAAAAAAAAUUGCUAAGACUUUAAAGUGGCAAAUGAGCUAUCAGUAUUGUAAACUGCAGAGGUGAUAGAAUGGAAAGCUUGACAGGCAUCUCAACAGUAACUAAAAGGGGUGUGGCUUAGCAAAUGGUCAGUUGUGAAUAGCUGAAUUCCUGUGGCAACCAGAAAUGAGAACCAAGUAGGUAGAGCUGGCUGCAACAGGGAAAUUCAGAAAGUAACAGGAAACCAGUAGAUUGACUUUUAAUUUUUCACUCUGGCAGAUAUGAAUCAGAGCUAUUAUACUGUUUGAUCAAUCAACAAACUAUCAGUAGUAUUGAACUGAAUGAUGCAAGCUGACAGUGUCUUGCUCGGAACUUUCUGGCACUUAUUUGAUAGUCUUCUUCAGCAUCUUCAAGCAUCAGGAAGCCACGAGGUUCCAAACAAGAAACAAGUAUUUUAAAAUGCAAGUUAAACCAGAUCAGCGCAAUAGCUGAAUAUGGGAUCAGUGAUAUUGGUGCUUUCUCACUGCCUUAAGUGUGCAAAAGUUGGGGAGGCAUCUCAUUCUCCCAUUGGCUAUAGUGAGAAAAAGUUGGAUGACGAUAAUCUGCUUCCUGCUACGUCAAAGAUGCUGCUUGUGAUUGGAAAAAGAGCCUCUUUUGUUUGUUGUCGGUCCCUCUUCCUCCAAACCGCCCUUUCGUGUUUCUGACAGUGGAAGUAUAAAAGAAUUGAUGCUGUAUUUGAAUUUAAAAACUGACCAAUAUUGUAAAAACAUUUUAAAAGGGGUGGGGUAUUUUUUAGUUGUUGUUUUUGCGCCCAGUUGAGCUGGGCUCACUUGAAGAGACAGGAGCACAACCAAACAGUUUUGGGUUUUCUAGCCUGAUGAGCAUGUUUUGAAGCUUUUUAAAGGGGAUGCAUUGAGAAGAGACCUUUACCUUUAUGUAUGCGUGUAUUGGAUGGAAGCCAUUUUGAAUUUUGAUUGUCCUCUCUUUGUUUAACAAGUGGGUUGGUUUUGCACACUUUGAGGUCGGGGUGGGUUGUAAAUACUUAAGUCUUGCACAGUGAAUCAAAGAUGCAUUCUGCCCUGUUGAUGUUACAAUAUGCUUAACCCGCUGAGUAAAUUAUUGUACUAUGAAAACAGAGAAAAAAAAGAAAUGCAAAAACUCAACACGCUGUCAGAAACAGGUGUGUGUCUUGUGGUGAUUGGAUGUUUUGCCUAUGCAGGAGGCAUACGGUGUAUAGUAAGAAACUGUUUUUUAACUCACCGAAAAUCACAGACUGAGAACAAAAAAAUAGGCACUUUUAAAGUUUUCCCCCAUCCUGCCAUAAUAUUCUCUGGACCCUCUCUGUCUUUAGGAAUGCCUGUUGCUCCUUAGAAGCACUUCCUCUCUGGACAUGUUAACCCAAGCUUACCGCCACGUUAGGCUUGCCAGCUGUCCGAGGCACCGAAGCUGACCUGACACCGUACUGUAUACAUUUACCAACAACCAACAGGUGCUACUGGUCAGUCAAAGUCCAUCAGAGACCAACAAGUCACAUUGGCACAACCUCAGGACAAUCCUAUCCUCUACAAUCCUACCUGUGUUCAGCUUCACAUGUGUCUCUGCAGCCAAGCCUCUGAUGGUUCGCACAUAUAUCUGGCCACCUUGGCCAGUCCUGUGUCUGUAAGGGUGUGUAGUUGCAUGCUAUGGGAGUAGUUACUAUGGUAACACGUUGCUCCUGAACUUGACUUGCACCCCUGAGCUUAGAUAUCCCGCAUUUAACCCUCUCAGCUACUCUACACUCCUGUUGUAGGCCAUUAGUUCCCAAGCUAGCAGAACUUUGACACCGUUAACAGUGUACACCAUAGUGCUGAUGAUCAACUGGUAAUUUUUCCCACUUACACUUUGCAGUUACAUCUCAGUUUAAACCAUAGCAUUUACUCUGGUUUGAGAGAAAGUUUUUUCUUUUUUGGGUGAAACAUUUGUCCUUAAAUGUUUUAUAUUUUGUACAUUUGUAUGUAACAUAUCAUGUAAAUAGACAGAGACAGUGAUUUAACUCAUCUGGAGGAUUUUGUAGUCUUUGUAAAGCCCUAAUAAAUGGUAUUUGGUGUCACACGAGCAAACAA